AUGAGCAGCGGUAGUGGAUCGGGACGGUUACCUUCUUUGAAUUCAUCCAGUGGAAAGCCAUCACUGAAGUUCAAGCCUAAAGCCGUGGCAAGAAGAACGAAAGAAGAGAGAGAGGCUUCAGCACCUAAGAUCAAGACAGAGGAGAUAUCUAGACCUUACAAUGACAAGAAGAAUAAUCAGGGGAGAAGUACGGCAACGGCCAAUAAACAGAGAAGGAUGCAGAGGUUUCUUAGUAACACACACGUCAUCUCCUCCGGACCCUUAGCAGCUGGAAAUUUUGUGAGUGAAAAGGGCAGCGAUAUGAGAAGAGGAUUCAUCAAAACUGAGGGAGGGACUUCGUCACUGGUUCAUUCAGGGCUUCAAAACAUCGAAGGCGGUGAAGCCAACUCUGACGAUGACGAUUUGGACCAUAAGGAUAAGGAGCACGGAGCUAAGAACAAGUCGAAAUUUAACAUGGGUAGAGAAUAUGCGGUACAUGAUAUAGACGGUGAAGAUGAGGACGAAGAAAACAGCGACGAAAUUGGCGAAAUGGAUGAAGAAGCUUUGCAGGCCAGAAGAGUAGAGGAGUUGUUCCCGGUUAGACCACUCCGUAUCAGACAUGAGGACAUCGAAGUCGUGGAAAAAAAGGUACAGGAAAGCAUAUCUGAUGCUACUACCCGUGAGGCGACGCCCGCUGUGAAGACCGAGGAGGGCGUGGCCAAUGGAACAGAGCUCCAGCAGGCUCUAGAACAAAAGCAGGCCAACCUGCAGGAUAGAUUAAAAGAGCUCUCGCUGGAAAGUCAAUUUCAGUCACUGGAUCAGAGUGAAACGUUGCAGGAGAUGAAGGCGUUGAUUAACGACCACUUACUGAUAGGCAAAAAGCUGAAUAAAAUAAACAACAAACCAGGCAGGUUUAUACUGUUUCAAUUACCGUCUAAGCUUCCCGAGUUCGAGGAAGUUACGCCAAAAGCUGAGCAGGAACCAGCAACAGAUACCAAAGAGGAAUCCCAUGAAGCAGACAAAGGCGCCCAUAAAUCGAAGAUGAAAGAUGAGCCUGCAAAACUUUCUGAAGAUUCUUUGAUCGGAAAAAUCGGCUCCAUCAGAGUCCACCGGUCUGGUAAGCUAUCGGUCAAGAUCGGAAAUGUUGUCAUGGACAUUAGCAAAGGUGCUGACGCGGCUUUUCUGCAAGAUGUUGUUGCCAUCAACGAAUCUGGAGAAACGCCAUGUUUGGAAAAUCUUGGACGGAUAGACGGCAGAGUGGUCAUCACACCAAGAUUUUAG